AUGACUUUCUCUUACCUUGGCACUCCGUAUUGUUUGGGUUCUCCGGACAAUAACAUCGACUUCCAAGAUCUUGAGGCAGAUCCCAAAACCCUCAAACCCACUAACAAUAAUACUUCAUUCAUUACCGAGAUCAUGCCCUCCAGAGUUGCCAAGCCAGAUACCCUUCAUCAUCCCCGUCUCCUGUGUCUCCAUGGCGGUGGCACAAAUGCAAAUAUUAUGAGAUUGCAAUGCCGUGCCCUUCGACCGAAACUCGAGGCCUGCUUCCGACUUGUCUACGUUGAAGCACCAUUUCUCUCCCAGGCAGCCCCUGGAAUAGACGCCGUGUAUGCGAAAUGGGCCCCUUUUCGCAACUGGCUGCCAGGUGCUGGCGACCCAGAUGAAUCAUUCCCGGGGGUCGCGUCAUAUUCUGGCUCAGCAAAAAUCGAUCGGCGUAUCGUCGCCAGUAUUGACCAGGCCAUCAAUUUGGCGAUGGAAGAGGACGACCGUGCUGGUGGUACUGGCUCGUGGGUCGGAAUGUUUGGGUUCAGCCGAGGCGCGCAGGCCGCAGCCAGUUUUCUUCUUCGACAGCAGGAGUACGAGAAGAGUGGAUUGGCCACGACUGAUUUCCGAUUUGCACUGCUCAUGGCUGCUCCUGCGCCUCUAUUCAAUAUGGCCAUUGGGUCGGAUUUCCAGAUCAGUCGGGAUGCCCGGUUGAACAUCCCCUCGGUUCAUGUAUACGGGAGUCGGGACUCGGUGCUGUGGGACUUCCAACACACCUUGCAUGAUUGCUGUACGACCGAGAGCGCCAAGCGAUAUGACUGGGAUGCCGAUCACCAAAUCCCACUCAAGACGAUCGACGUGGAUGCUAUCAUGGCCUUGGUUAUGCAGGUGGCGCAAGAGACGGGGGCUAUCGCUCGCGGUUGA